AUGGCGCCCAAGCCCACGCAGGCCCCCGCGGCUGUGUCCGACGACCCGCUGGCCUACAUGGAUCAGCUCGACUUCAACACGCGAAAGUUUCCACAGUACUCUCACAUCAUUGAGAACUCUCCGCAGCCCGGUCAACCAGAGCGCGUGGUCGCCGUCUGCCGCUGCUGGCAGUCCAAGAAAUUUCCCUACUGCGAUGGCGCCCAUAAAGUGAUGAUGGAGGCGGGCGACAACGUCGGGCCUUUUCUGGCUAAGCUGCGCGACAGCCGCGAGGGCACUCAGAAGCUGAGGAACGUCUCGACGCUCCAUCAGCAGACGACUCUCUCGUCGCCCUUUGUCGCUCUUCGCGAGGUACUUUCGGGGCGAAGUUCAGUCCGCGGCAGGCCCGUCGUCGCAGCGGCGCUGUUGAGCGCGGCGGCGGGCUACGCAGUCGCGGAGGGCGCUCUGCGGAGGGGCUGGCGGCUGCCGACUUUCGCUCUCGCGGGCGCGGAGAAGGAGACGCAGGCGACGCCGGCGCCGGCCGUGGGUCUCGCCCCGGGGCUCGUCGCGGAGCCUCAGAGACUGUGA